AUGAAUCUCAUUAGUUGCGGAGGUCAUUCUGGCUCUCGUGUUCUCACUUCUAUUCUUAUCUCACCAGUACUAAUUAUUGAAUUUUUUUUUGUGUUGCUGUUCUUACAUAAUGUGAUUAAUUCAUACUGCGAUGUUAUUAGACCACCUUAUGCAAAAUUUUCAUCCUCUUGGACAUUUGAGGAAUGGCUGGAUGUGAAAGAAGGCAUUUUGAAUUUUUAUAAAGAAGCACUGAGAACUGCAUCACGUGACACUGUCAAAGAUCAACUGAAACAUCUGCCGGAUGACUACAAUCAAGUCAUUUGGGAUGUCCUGGAGUUAAGAAGAAAUGAUUUGAGGAUAAUUUUACUGAGUGAAGUUGAGUCACAGGAGCCUUGCUAUUUAAAAAACUUUGACUGGGAAGUUAAUCUUUCGCUUGCUAACGACAAGUUAGCUGCGAUGUAUGAUCCACACUUAAACUUAAAGUUGGAACUUUCAAAUGAUACGAAUGGGAAUGGUUCAAAACAUUUGAACAUCGAAGUUGAGAGGGAUUACCUGGUGAGAUUAAUUUCAUCUCUUGAGGAGGCUGCCAAAGUAAUAGCAAAUUUUGAUGUUGUUGACGUAAAUUUUUGUAAAAAUUAA